CAGGCCUUCUGGCUCAUGCUAGUACAUCACACCGUAGACAGUGGCUCCAAUCGCAAGUAUAAUUUCCGACCAAUGAAUGGACCAAGCUUCAGGUUCCGUGUCAAAGCACCUCAUAAUGCCAAUGUAUGCUUGUCGGGGGCUGCAGCAGAGGUUCCACAGCACAUGUAUGAGAUCUUCCUUGGUGGAUGGGAAGGGAAGGAGUCGGCCAUCAGAAGGAACAAAAAAGAUGAUGUAUGCAAAGUCAAGACACCCAAUUUAUUGAACGCAUAUGACUUUCGAGGGUUCUGGGUUGUUGUCACCAGUAAUACUAUUAAGGUGGGUCGUGAAGGAGAAUCCAAGCCAUUCAUGACACACACUGAUCAUAUGGUGCCUCUGCGGCUCACUUAUUAUGGCUACUGCACAGCUUAUGGUGCAUCAGGAUCUUGGAUUUUUGCAGAUGAUGACCCAACACACUUCAAUCCAUGGUUGGACUUAAGUGAUCUACUUGGAGCACUCGCAGAGCAGCCCAAGCCACCACCAUCAGCUCCUUCAUAUGGCUUUAUUCCUAAACAUAUUGUUGGGAAUGCUGCCAGUAAUUCAACCACUGAAAGUGAGUAUUGUAUCCUUUUUAUAUAAUUUAAUAACCUCUCU